AUGUGCACGACAGGGCCUGAGCUCCUCUUGUGCCGGCACCUGCCGACCGGCCGUGACCUGGCCCGACGAGGCCCGGUGGAGGCGGCGGGGGAGGCGGAGGGGGAGGCGGCGGCGAAGGUGGAGGUGGUGGUGGCGGAGGGGGAGGCGGCGGGGGAGGGACAGGAGGCGGGGGAGGCGGAGGGGGUGAAGGGGAAGGCGGAAGGGGCGGCUGAGGGGGUGGAGGGGGAGGCGGGGGAGGUGGAGGGGGGUGUUCAGGACCAGACGGGGUUGGGGGAGGCACUCCCGGCGGAGGCGUUCCCGGCGGAGGCGAACCCGGCGGAGGCGCCGCCGGUGUUUCCACCAGUGCGACCACUGGAGAGCGCCGUGGUGGGGGCUUGCGGGCAGGAGCGCCUACGGAAGGAGCGGACGUAG